AUGACAUACCAAGGCGCGCUCCCGCCCGGCCAAGGCUAUCCAGGCCAAGGGGACGUGUAUCCCGGCGGAGGUGGCGCCGCGGCCGGCCAGCAGGCUGGAUAUGCCUAUCAACAGCCGCACCAAUAUCAUGGCCAGCAUCAUCAGAUGCAGCAGCAACAGCAGCAGCAGCAGCCGCCGCAGCAGCCGCAGCAGCAUCAGUUUGCCCAGCAAAACGGCUCACAUCACAACGCCAACGGCCUCUACGCCAACGGCAUGAGCCACGCCCAGUUCUACCAGCCGCAGCAGGGACAGUAUGGCCAGCAGCAUCAGCCACAGCAGAACCAUCAUCAGUUCCAACAGCAGCAGCAGCAUUUCCAACAGCAACAGCAACAGCAACGCUUACCGCAGCAGCAGCACGCCGCCCAAAUGCAACAGUUUGCGUCCGCCGGAGCUGGCGCAAUGGGCGCCGGCAUGUAUCAUGGCGGCCUCCAACAACAAGGCUUCCCCCAGCAUCCCCGGCAACAGCAGCAACACCAACACCAACACCAACAUCAACAGCAGCAGCAGCAUCAGCAGCCACCGCAACAGCAUGAUGCCAGGCAGUUUGCGCAGUCCAACGAUGUCUGGCGCCAAUCCCAAUCACCGUCCGUCCAACACGCAAUGAUGCCGUCGCAGAUGCAGGCCACAGUGAUGCAGCAGCAGCGCUCGCAGCAGCAGCACCUCCAGCAGCUUCAACAGAUGCACCAUACGCAGCAACAAUCGCCCCAGCUCUACAACAGCUCCAUCGCCUCCCCGCAAAUACACAACCAGUCGCGACCUUCACCCCGCCCUCGACAGCCGUCGAUACCGGCUCAACACAUCCACGAGUACCAGCGACGAAUCUCUCAGUCUCCUAUCCCGCAGCCAUCGCCGCAGCCACGACAGUUGACGCCACGACAAGCGCCUCUGACUCCUCAGACUCAUCACGCCCUCCCGGCGAACGCGCAGGGUCAAAUGCAACACCAACAGCACCAGUACCACCAACCACAACCUCAGCACGCCUAUCGCCAACACCUGCAAUCGCCGCACAUGCAGUCGCCGCACAUGCAGUCGCCGCAAAUGGCCCAAUCGCCCCAACUGCAGCAAUCGCCGCAUAUAAUAAGUCAGCAACAGUUGCAGAAGCAGCGACAGUCAUUGACACCGCAAACGCCGACGACCCCACAACUGCCGCAGCAAACGCAACCACAUCACCACGUGCACGUACAACCGCAACAGAUGUACUUGCCCCCGGAGCCCGAACCCGAACCAGAGCCCGAGCUCGAGCCCGAACCAGAACCAGAGCCUGAGCCAGAGCUAGAGAUUGAGCCGGAGCCUCAACCCCAAACGAUACCCGAUGAGCUAGAUAACAUCGAUGCCGUGGCCAACAUCACGCAAGACUCGGCCCAAGACCAACUACAGAUUGAACAGCAGCUGCAGACCGAACAAUAUCACUUUGUAAACCUGCAAGACAUCCAGACUAUUCCGCCCCCGCCUCCUAUGCCGGAAAUGGAAUUCCAGAGCAUUGAUCCUCGUGAUCUAACGCUGGGCUUCUCAAAAUCGCUUCUUGACCCUCUCCCCAUUAAGAAGGACUCGGAAACGGAAGAGAAAGACGUGCCAAUGCCAAACGCACCGCCACCAAAGCUGGAAUCGAAACCCGAGCCAACAACGGAGGCCAAGCUGGAGCCUAUACCGCAGCCUAAGGAAGAGCCCAAGCCGGAGCCGAAACCAGAACCGCCGAAGCCAAAGCCCCGCAAAGAAACAAAGGUCGAGCCGCCAAGGCCUUGGCUGAAAGCCAGCCCGAAACCACCGCCACCAAAGUCGCCCUCGGUCGCUCGCUCGCCGAGCAUCACCAAACGCUCACCUGCGCCGCAGCACAAGCAACGCCCAGUCAACACAGGCCCAAUCAUGGCAGCGGUAGCGGAAGAAUGCAUUGGCAAGGCGCGAUCGCAGGCGCAUGACCUGGCCAUGUUUCUGGACCCCGACGACGUGUCAGAAUAUCAGAGGUUAAUAUCCACCGGCCUAUCUUGCUUCGAGGGCAUGCUGCAGACCGCACGCCUAGCACCACGGGAAGAAGCGCGAAUCCGUCUGCGUUACGCUACUGUACUACACGAGGAGACGGAAAACAUUAUGGAAGCGGAGACUGCCCUGACCAAAGGCAUCGCUCUAUGCGACAAGCAUCGCAUGAUGGAUCUCAAGUACUGCAUGCAAUAUUCAAUGCUGAAGCUUAUGUUCCAGAGAAAUCACAAAGCGGCGCUCAAGGCGGUUGACGGACAUAUUUCCAACUGCGAGGCCUUCAAGCAUGUGCCCUGGUAUUACGCCUUCCGCCUGCUCAAGACAACCUUUUACAUGGAAAUGGGUAACGCCUCUGAUGCUUCUGCCCUAGAAAACAUACGGGCUAUCCAAAAUGUGGCUUCUACCCGCGGUGAUAAAGCACUCAGCAUAUUCGCCUCUGUCCUCGAAGGCCUUGCGCUGCUCAAGACCGCUAAGGAUGGUAGCAUUGAAAAGGUGCAAAGUUGUAUUGCGCAAGCUGCCAAGUUUCAAUUCGACCCUGCCAUCCGGAUUACACAACUAGAUAUUCUGGUUCUUCUGCUGGACUUCGCCGCCAGUUUACACCACCAGAACCCUGAUGCCACAUCGGCAAAGCUGCGGGAACUACAGAAAAAGGUUGAUGAUUGCGAUAACUGGAACAAUGUCAAAGCGGACUUCAUGGUGCCUAUCAAAAAGCAGGCUGCCAGCUCUAACAUACUUGGCCCGGAUACGGCGUCUAUUGUUGACCCCGGAAACGGCACCGCGGAAUCCGACAACUUGGUCAUUACUUUCAUGACGAAAAUUGAACUACGAUCUCUCAUUUUCAUGUUCAGCGGACUUUCUUUCCUACACAAGCAAUCAUCAAAGUCUGCAGAUUUCUGGCUCGAGGGCUAUAAGAUUCUGGAGACGUGGGAUGAAUCUACACUGGGCAUCCCGUACGGGCCACCGGUGUCUUUACAAACGGCGAUUAAGCAGCGACAGUGGCGAACCGAGGGACAGGCAUACAUAACAGUCAUGCUCGGGCUACUGGAAGCCACACACUGUCGAUGGGCCACAGUUAAAGAGCACUUGGAUAGGCUGGAAGGCUUACUAUCCGAUGAAUCGCAGCCGACUCUGAGGCUACUGUCUGUUUACCUAUCAGGUGUCUACCACCAGGGCCUGGGCGAGCUACAUACUGCUCUCGACAUAUUCCAGGGCGAGAACUUUACUGAGCCUCUCGGAAAAAGCCACGGCCUGAAAGCCGGCGAGCAGGAAGUUGCGAUGCUGGCAGGCCUCAACCGACUCUGGAUAAUGCAGCACGAUUCAUGCCGCAAUGACCGGGAGACGGUCGAUCUGAUUGAACAGCUGCAGCCGCUUUGCAACAGCCAUUGGAACAUUGAUCUGCGCACGGCGUGGCACAAUGUCAUGGCCGCCCUGGUGACCGAUCCGCCGCAGCAGCUGAGCCAGCAAAAGCAGCACAUCCAGGCGGCCAUGGGCGGCUCCAAGGUCACCAGCAACAUUGUCGGCUCGGCCGUGACGCUCUGCAUCAUGCGCAGCCGCUUCUUUGAAAACGUCAUAGGUGACCAAGCACUGAAGAGCGCGCGCGCGGCGGCCAAGCAGGCUCAGCGAAGCGGCAACGUCCUCUGGCAGAGUGUGGCCGACGGCAUGCUGGCUCACUCGUACGACGUGCAGGGCCAGCGGGAGGAGUCGAGGAUGGAGUGGGAGAAGGCAACGAUGGAGGCGAGAAGAGCAUUCAAGAGAGGCUGA